UUGAACUAAGCACAUAAAUAGAGCUUGAGUAUUUUUGUCUACAUGCAAAGCCUUUGGACAUUGAUUACUUUUCAUAAGAUGGCGAAAUUUACUUAUGUCUUACUGACGAUUAGUUGCAUGGCUGUUGUUGUGCAAAGCAGAGGAAGUUUGAUAAAUGAAAAAGAAGAUGAUUUAAAUGAUGAUUUCUCAGCACCCAGCCUCGACAUGAAACGCUCCUUGAAAUCUAGUCAAAGAAAUUCAAAAUUGAAGAUACAAAUUGCAGUACUAAAAGGGCUUUUAAAAAAACUUCAAACAUAUCAGAAAACUUUACACACGCAGGACAAAUACCUUAAAACUUUUAAGUUAAUGCUUCAAUCAAAAAUCAAUAAAACACAAGCACAAACGUCAAAAAAAAAAAAAAAUUUGAAUUACAAAUUAUCAAACUGUCAUUAAAAAUAAAAGCACUUGCUGCACAUAUAGCGCCCAUUCAAGCAAAGGUGAAAAAUCUUGGCAAACAAUUGAAAACUUUUUAUCUGGAAAAUAGCAAACUCACUGGAAAAUCACGAAAAGACUGCGCAGAUCUCUACAAGAAUGGUGAAAACAAGAGCGGAGUUUAUCAAAUUGAUCCUGAUGGUCAAGGUAGUUUCAAAGUCUACUGUGACAUGACGUCAUCUGGUGGUGGUUGGACUGUGUUGCAAAGGAAUGAACUUAAAGGCGAAAACUUCUAUCGAGACUGGAAAGAGUAUAAACAAGGAUUUGGUGAUCUGAAAGGCGAAUUCUGGCUUGGAUUAGACAAAAUAUACCGACUAACGACUGCAAGAAAAAAUAAACUUCGUAUUGAUUUGACAAACAAGUCAGGAAUCAAACGAUAUGCUGCAUAUGAUUAUUUUGCUGUAAAGAAUGAAGCACAUAAAUAUCAGUUGAGUCUUGGAAAUCACUCAGGAAAUGUUGGAAAUUCAUUUUCCUGGCAUAAUGGCAUGAAGUUUACGACAAAAGAUUCAGAUAAUGAUAAACGUAAUAAUGCGAACUGUGCUAAACAAUAUAGAGGUGGUUGGUGGUAUAAUGAUUGUUAUAGUGCCUUGCUGUGCAGUAAUCGUAUAUGGUGGAGUAGUUGGGGUGGUUCUAUGAAGUUUGGUGAAAUGAAAAUCAAACCGUAAAUGACUCUCUCAUAAAAUUUUGCGUUCUUGACUUUGAUUUCCUUAUAAUAUUUAUUACUAUUGUAAAAUAUGUUAUGUAGCUUGUCUUAAUGCUUUCAAACCUGUCAAAAAGAAUUUAUGUUUCUAAAAUGUUGUUGAAGUAUGAAAAUUGCGUGCAUCUUAUCAAGUAGUAAAAAACGCGUAUUUUUGGUUGUUGUGAUUAACCUGGCAAUAAACUUGCACUGUGUCAAUGCUUUAUGUCAUUUAUUCAGGCUAUUAAAUUUCAUUAAAUCCAUGUAAUAUAUUUUAUAGCAGAUAGAUUCACAAAAUAAUUAGUUAGUGACACCUGGGAUUGCUCAAACGAAAAAUGUUGGUGCAUUUAGUCACAUUUAUCUUCUAAAACUCGACCUUAGCUUCUAUGUACAAAUGAUGUGAUACGUUUUCGUUCAAAAAUCAUAAUUACAAAAUGUACAUGAUUA